ACCGACCUAUCGCGCAUAACCUCUCGUGCACAGAUUUUACUCUCAAAACACUGUCUUUUCGCCGAAAGCUCCGCGCGGUUUUCGUCAGGUACACGUUCGUCUCUCGACGUGCCGCGUCUGACGAAGAAUUGAGGGUGACGCGUCGAGACGGGAGUUGAGCGGGCGAUCCGGUACGCGAGAUCCAAUCGUCGGGAGAAGAGGAGCCGAGGCGGUGGGUGAUCCCUGGUCGACGACUGUUCGCCGGUCGGUCGCGCGCGAUGCCUAUCAAGUUGAUCGGCCGCACGACGGACUUCAAGGGGAAGCCCCUCUGGGAGAUCCUGGGGAACCUGAAGAACUUCGGCGUCGGCAGGCUCGUGAUAAGGAACCGCUUCCAGAGGUACCCCGAGCCCUGUUACAUGAGGAUACUGAAGGUCGCCGGGAUGCCGCUGCCCGACAGGCCCUACGUAGUCGCGUUGUUUCAGAACGACCGUAAGGUCGCAGUGCUCGUGGAGAAGGUCUUCCGCGGCCAGAAGAACCCGCGACCGGUGCAGCUGGAUAGCGCGACCUACAAGGCGGAUUACGUGCUGAUACCGAGGGAUCGGGAGCGCGUGUUCCUCGAGAACACGAAGGUGCCGGAGAUGAAGAUCCUGCCCACCACGACGGACCUGCCGCCGCUGUUCUCGCAGUUGUUGAUAAAGCAGAUGAGGGCGAGGGGCGUCGCGGCGCCCGCAGUGCCGAAAUUAAAUCUACGGUAUAACUUCGAGGCAUCGAGCGUUAAGAACUACAAGGUCGCCGAGGAGAACGAAAGCCCGACGGUGAAACUGAACUUUAGUGUGGACGAGGACAGUGUUCUUUUCCCAAAGCUAGAAGAGACUGCGGCCUCGUGAGGUUUUAAUGCCUACUUGUAUAGUUGUUAAGAAUAAAUGUUUUAUAGUAAUUA